AAGUUUGUUCAUGUACAAACGAAUGUCCCUUACGAUCUUCUACCAUGCUGCUCUGGUGGGCACCUCGCUCGUCGUUGGCUACAGCAUAGGAUCGCGGUUCGGGUCCCACCCACCAUCACCUCAACUUGGACCUACCGUUUCAGCCGCUGAACAAAAUUUGCAAAACACCAAAGAGGAUAGCAAGGAGGCUGAGAAUGAUGACGAGGAUGAAGAUAUUGCAGAUGGGGACUUAAUGGCCGUGAAACCAGGUCUCAUGCAGCCUUGUAAACUGGUACUAGUAGUCCGAACCGAUCUAAAGAUGAAAUCAGGGAAAAUUGCUGCGCAAUGCGGACAUGCUACACUAGCUUGCUACAAAGCACUGGCAAAAAAGAAUCCCCAGCUGUUACAACACUGGGAGUACACUGGUCAAGCCAAAAUAGCACUGAAGGCAUCUUCAGAAGAUGAAUUACUUGAGCUUGAGGCUAUCGCAAAAAGUCUGAACUUGUGUGCACGGUCAAUACAAGACGCUGGUCGGACUCAGAUUGCAGCUGGGUCUCGUACAGUUCUCGGAAUUGGCCCUGCUCCUGUUGAGCUUAUAAAUGAAGUUACAGGUCAUCUACGUCUUUUGUGAUCGUCGCAGAAGUCUCGCUUUUCCCCUAGGGAGUUGACUAGAUAUUACACCCAUCUUAUUGAGCACUUUUGCAAUCACUAGUUUUACUCAUUAGAUGUGCUUCUCACACUCCAUAGACCUGCCGAGUUCACGAUGCCGAGCUGCCGAGAUUGUUGUGGCAAGAGACUAGAUGUCCAUUUUUGUCCAAGAUUUUGUGCUCGUCCAUAUGAAUGAUUGUACCUCAAACG